AUGUCACAACGAAUCCUGUCGUCGAACAACGUUCAACAUGCUGAUAAUGAUAAGAUCAACUGCUAUGAUUACAUCAUUGAUCAAUGCAGUAUAUAUACUGAACGUAUUGGAAUAGUGGUGAAAAAAAUUCUAUGCAAAUCAUGGCCACUUCUAUCAAAACAAUCGACUCAAAAGAGAAACAAAGAAAAAUCGUCAAAUCCUCGUGGUUGUGAAACGUUAUCUACGAUCGAUGUAAUAUCGCUUUUUCAGUCGAAUACACUCUGUCAACAAUCGUUUACUGUAUCGUCAACACUUGUUACUCCAUUAUCCAUAUCAUCAAAACCACAAGCUUCGAGACAAUUAUUGAAAAGUUUGAUACCUACGAUCGAUAACAACAUGCCUUUAGCACAAAAUUACAAAGAUGAUGUGUCUCUUUUGGAAUCCGAAGCAGCAUUCACAAACGUAACAAUGGGACAUGCUAAUGUCGGCCUCGGUACACGUCAAGGAACUAAUUCAAAGCCUAAUCAGGCCAAUGAUCGUUCAUCCACUGUGUCCAUGGCAACAACGGUUAGUUCAAAUGACAAUCUGCUAGCAGACGAUGAUCUGCCCGAAAUUGUACCCACGAAAUCUACGUUCACUACCGGUUCUGAAAUGGAAGCCGAUCAUCAUACGUUUUAUCUGAGUUCAUGUGAAUCUACCGCUGGUAUCGAUGCACAUGAUUCAAAUAUUUCCUCGAGAUGUUCGUCGCUAUCAUCAUCAUCGUCAUUGAAUGUUGCCCUGCCGACCGCUCGAUCGCCAGUACACACGAACGUCUUUCUGAAUGUUCUCAAACGCCUACACUGUAUAACACUUCGUGGUAAAAAACACCGCCGAUACCGAUCGUUGUCAACGUCGUUACAUCUCUUCUUCAAGAAACAUCACAAACCGUCGAUUGAUUUCCAUCAAUCAACCAUCGAACUUUGUAAAUCACCCUCUAGUCCACAAUUUCCAACAAUCAAUGUAGAUAAUGAAAAUGAACUCAUACGAUCAAAGACGCGCUUUCAUAGCUGUCAACGAAUCUAUCAUACCGGUGCAAAUAAAGAUAUACAUUUCAAUAGUAAAACCCAGAAUCUCCGCCCACGAAGAUCAUUCUUACAACGACUGAGACAUUCGGAUAAGACAGUCAGCGAAGAUAAUAACACCAAUACGUUAAGUUCAGUCGAUUUAGCGCUUACGCCACAAAUUCUUCCUACUCUGUUAAUCACAGAAUCAACUUCAUCGGUAACGCCAGUUCAACAACUAACAUCUUUUGAUUACACCCGUGAUGAACAUAAUAGUAAUGAACAUGAGAUUGAAAUUACUAAUAUCACAAAAGAAGGAUGUGAACGCGCAGAUUCAUCACAUUUUGAAUUGUUACAAACAUUGGGCGCCGGUUCGUUUGGAAAAGUUUUCCUCGUACGAAAAAUUAUCGGCCCUGAUUCAGGCUCUCUCUAUGCGAUGAAAGUACUGACCAAAGCGAGCCUUAAAGUUCGAGAUCGUCAACGAACGAAAAUGGAACGCGAUAUUCUUGCCCAAAUCUCUCAUCCAUUCAUCGUUAAACUUCAUUACGCUUUUCAAACAGAAGGCAAAGUUUAUUUGGUGCUUGAUUUCUUACGCGGCGGAGAUCUAUUUACACGUCUAUCUAAAGAAGUCAUGUUUACGGAAUGUGACGUUCAGUUUUAUUUGGCCGAACUGGCUUUAGCACUCGAUCAUCUACAUUCACUCGGCAUUGUUUAUCGCGAUUUGAAGCCUGAAAAUAUUCUUCUGGAUACCGAUGGUCAUAUUGCAUUGACUGAUUUUGGUCUGUCUAAAGAAUCAAUUCCCACACAAGAUUCAAAAACCUUCUCAUUUUGUGGCACGGUUGAAUAUAUGUCACCAGAAGUCGUUUCACGCAAAGGACAUUCACAUGUUGCUGACUGGUGGUCAUUUGGUGUCUUAGCAUUUGAAAUGAUCACUGGCCAUUUACCAUUUCACGGAACGAAUCGCAAAGAGACGAUGAAUAUGAUUUUAAAAGCUAAAUUAGCAAUGCCAACAUAUCCAUCAUUAGAAGCACAAAGUCUAUUACGUAUGUUAUUCAAACGUAAUCCAGCGAACCGAUUAGGUGCUGGACCAGAUGGAUUUCGCAAUAUUCAAAGUCAUCCAUUCUUUGCUACUAUCAAUUGGGAUAAAUUAUACAAGAAACAAGUCGAACCACCAUUUAUACCUCCUAUUCAUUCCGAUUUUGCACAUUAUUUUGAUAAAGAGUUUACUUGUAAAACACCAACAGAUUCACCGGGUAUUCCACCGAGUGCUGACGCUCACGACUCAUUCCACGGCUUCAGUUAUAUCGCGCCCGAAUUGAUUACUGCGCGACAAAAUGAUCCCACGUAUUCAAAUGACGUCGAAAGACGUUUACGAUCAAUUGUUGGAGUUAAAUUAACACCAUUUCAAGAUGAAUACGACGUGAAAGAACCGCUAGGACGGGGUAAAACAUCUACAUGUUAUCGUUGCAUUCAUCGACAAACUCGACAAGAAUACGCCGUUAAAAUUAUCAAAGAUGCUAGUAUAAAUGAUCCAUCGGAUGAAAUCGAAUUGCUGUUUCGUUACAAUCAAUUGACACAUAUUAUUCGAAUGCGUGAUGCGUUUUUCAAUGCACCCAAAGUGUACAUCGUGACUGAAUUGAUGCGUGGCGGGGAAUUAUUCGAUAAAAUUCGUCAAGAGAAAUCGUUAUCCGAGCGCGAGAGUGCAAAAAUCAUGAAUGUAAUUAUAAAAACUAUCGAACAAUUACAUCGAAAUUCAAUUGUGCAUCGUGAUCUUCAACCUCGUAACAUAAUGUAUGUCAAUGAGAGCCGUCAACCAUCAUCACUACGUAUUGUUGAUUUGGGCUUUGCUAAACAACAACGUGCUGAGAAUGGCCUGUUGAUGACACCUUGUUUUACCAAAGAAUACGCUGCACCAGAAGUUUUAUCAAGGAAAAAAUAUGAUGAAUCCUGUGAUAUUUGGAGUCUUGGAAUUCUUCUAUAUACCCUGCUGGCUGGAAAUACACCAUUUGCACUUGAUCGAAAUGAUUCACAUGAUCUGAUACUUGCACGAACAGCGGUCAAAUUACAAUUUACUGGACCAACUUGGGAUCGGAUAACAGAUAAUGCAAAAGCUCUUGUCAGUGCAAUGUUGGAUGUUGAUCCGAAGAAGAGACCAACAGCUUUGGAGCUUUGUAAGCAUCCAUGGUUUGCAGAUAUGGACAGUCUUCCGAAUACGAAAUUAAGUAAUAUUCAGGAUCAUAAUCUUGUUCGACAUAAUCUCGACGCAACAUUUCAUGCGAUCAAUGCUAAUCCCAGUAAAAGUUUAACCCUCGGUCCCAUUGGUGAUUCCAAUCUAUUCAAACGACGUAAUGAGCGAACUAACCAUCAGCAGCAAACAGGAAAAGUGAAAUAA